ACAAAUAAAUAAGGAAAGGCUCAUAAAACAUACAUAUGAGUAUAUAUAUAUACAUACAUACAUACGAAACAGAGAUCAGAGAGAGCUUCGACGCCUCUCACAGCUUCGCCGAACAUCACGGUGGCUAAUACAGAAAAACAAAAAAAAAAACCAUAACAUGGCCAACCACUAACCCUCAAAAAACAAUAUUAACCAACAAAAAAAAAAAACCAACACUCUCUCUCUCUCUCCCUCUCUCUCUAAAAAUACAACCUUUAAUUUUUUUGGCGCUUUUCCGAGAUUGAUUUUGCUUCUCAGGCGGCGAUAUGUCGGCGGCCGGCGCUAGCACUUUGGCCGUUGCACCAAUCACUGCCGGACCCACCACCACACGCCGCCGUGUCGGAGAUUCCCUUGAAACCGCCACCACCUCCGAACGACCAUCCAUUUCCUCCGAUUACUGCAACAACAUAGUCAACAUCUCCGUCUCGCCGGAUUUAGACGACGGCGAUGUCAUUGGACAAAGCGGCGCGUGUUCCUCACCUUCCUCGAUGGGUUCCUCGUCUAGCGGAUCCCAUUAUCACCACGAUCAUCAUUACCACCACCCGACGAUUCGGUACCUUGUCCUCCGUAAGCUAAAAUUGCCGUUUCUCUGCGACGGUGGAUUCUGUUUUGGGAGAAACGUUGGCCGUCGGAUCUUGGCUCUUCUCAUGGUUCUCGUCGUCGCGUCGCUCUUUCUCAGAGUCUCUCUCUUGAGUGGGCGCGUCGUUGACCACGCGCACCGGAGGGAUUUGAACGAGCUCGUCGUCGUUAGGACGCUUCACGAAGAUUGGUCCAUGGCUCAACGCGCAAUGACGGAGAACGUUGCUUUUGAGAAGCUUCCCAUUCCAGAAAUAUGGCAGAAACCUGAAAGCGGUUAUUAUCGCCAGUGUGCUUCACGUCCCAAGAAUCGUUCAAGGCUGCGUAGGAAAACCAACGGUUAUCUUCUAGUACACGCGAAUGGCGGAUUGAAUCAGAUGAGAACUGGAAUAUGUGACAUGGUUGCUGCAGCAAAGAUUAUGAAUGCGACUCUUGUUCUUCCACUCCUCGACCACGAAUCAUUCUGGACUGACCCAAGUACUUUCAAAGAUAUUUUUGACUGGAGACACUUCAUGAACGUAUUGAAAGAUGACGUUGACAUUGUUGAGUACUUGCCUCCACGGUAUGCAGCCAUGAGACCUCUCCUCAAGGCUCCUGUUUCUUGGUCCAAGGCUAGUUACUACAGAAACGAGAUGCUACCACUUUUGAAAAAGCACAAGGUGAUAAAGUUUACACACACCGAUUCACGCUUGGCCAACAAUGGCUUGCCACCAUCAAUCCAACGGCUGAGAUGCCGUGCUAAUUACCAGGCUUUAGGUUACUCCAAGGAGAUUAAAGAUUUUGGAGAAGUUCUUGUUAACCGGUUACGAAACAAUAGUGAGCCUUUCAUUGCUCUGCACUUGAGAUACGAGAAAGACAUGCUUGCCUUUACAGGCUGCAGCCACAACCUAACAGCUGGAGAAGCUGAAGAGCUGAGAAUCAUGAGGUACAAUGUUAAACACUGGAAAGAGAAAGAGAUUGACAGCAGAGAGAGACGGAUCCAAGGAGGUUGCCCGAUGUCUCCACGAGAAGCAGCCAUAUUUCUAAAGGCAAUGGGGUAUCCAUCUUCCACGACUGUGUACAUAGUUGCCGGUGAAAUCUAUGGAGGAAACAGCAUGGAUGCUUUCCGAGAAGAGUACCCAAACGUCUUCUCUCAUUCCACUUUAGCAACUGAAGAAGAGUUAGAGCCCUUUAAGCCAUACCAAAACCGCUUGGCUGCGUUGGAUUACAUUGUUGCACUCGAAAGCGACGUUUUUGUGUACACUUAUGAUGGUAAUAUGGCAAAAGCGGUACAAGGGCACAGGAGGUUUGAAGGGUUUAAGAAGACUAUCAAUCCUGACAGGUUGAAUUUUGUUAGACUGAUAGAUCAUUUAGACGAUGGUGUGAUGUCUUGGGGUGAGUUUUCUUCAGAGGUGAAGAGAUUACAUGGAGACAGGAUUGGAGCGCCUUAUGAGAGACUGCCCGGUGAGUUCCCUCGGCUAGAGGAGAAUUUCUAUGCAAACCCACAACCAGAUUGCAUCUGUAACAAGUCUCAGCCUGAGCAACUCUUGAAAUCAAGUGUAAGAACAGAGUCUAAUAGAUGGAAGGAGAGUGCCUAAAGAUAGAUGAAAACACAAUACUGAACAGACAACACAGUGAUUAAACUACUUUGUAGCCUUCUUGUACAAUAUAGGAAAGAAGAAGAUGAUUUUCUUGGAAGAUCCACACACAAAUCUGUAGAAUUGAUUCACACUAUACAUGAGCAUCAAAGAUAUAUAGCAUUUUUUUGUUAUGUUUGUGUCUGAUUAUAAAUACCGAGAUGAGUGAUCCUUGUCAAGCAUCAUGAUUUGUGUUAUUUUUGUUAUUG